AUCGAAGUAGCCACCCAAGAGAAUCAAACAAGCCUCCAAGCAAUUAUAGAUCAAUUGGCUGCAAUACAACUACCGUGACCCAGAUAGCUCAAGAGAGAAUAGGUCGAUCUGAAGAUGUAGACAUGUCGGUCAACUGCCAGAGACGGUGAAAUAAUCACGAUGAUCAUGACAAUCGAGACCGGUAGCCCUUCUUUGGAGCCAAGCUGGACCGGCUUGAGUUCCCUACAAUCGUGGGGGACGAUCCUACAGUCUGGUUUUUGCGGGUAGAGCAGUUCUUCAAGUUCCAAGAGAUUAUGGAGGAACAGAAAGUGAAUCUGGCAUCAUACCAUCUCAAAGGCGACGCCAACUGAUUCGGGCCCAAAUGUACACAUUUUAUCCCUCAUUUCUUAUUCGUUUAGCUUAGUAUUUCAUCAUUCCUCAACAUAGUUCACGCUAGGUUGUGAUUGUUUUGAUACGUUUUAGGUCCUAACACGUGUGGAAGGGUCGAGAUCGAAUUUUGGGAUAAUUGGAGGUCAAAAAGCGCAAAAACCAAAGAAAAGUCUGAAGUCAGACCGUGACAAUUGCCCCGUAACAGUGAAGUGCUGGCGUCAAGGAAGCAGCCGUAGUUCACGGUCAAACAAAGGAGUUCACGGUCUCCUAAGAUUGUGAACUAGAGCCACAAACCGUGAACAUCGAGCAGUGCAACGAGGUUUUAGAGGUUACUAACGCUAAGGGAGUUCAUGGUCGCUAAGACCCUGAACUGGGGCCAAUGAACGUGUACAACAGAAGCGAAGCGGUGUGUUUUGGAGACGACACUGAGUUCACGGAAGCGUUUAGGUGUUCACGGCCGUGAACUGACCAACGCGUCCGUGCACUGGUCACUUUCGGGCAAAUAUGAAGACAACAGCGGGGAGAGGGAGGGGAGAGCUGGUUUUUGGAGAAGAAUUGGUUUCUUUCUCUAGUGUUUCGACCCAAAACACCAUAGGGUAGUUCUAGAGAGUGAGAGAAGGAUCUUAGAGCUUAAUUGAAGGCAUUGUUCAAGCUUGUGAGCGAGGAAUCAAGCCUAGAAGAAGAAGAAGAUCUAGAGGUUUCUUUGUAAUCUCUCCUCUCUCUCUCUCUCUCUCUCUCUCUCUCUCUCUCUCUCUCUAGAAACUCACUCUUUUCUCUUGGGUGUUGUAGAUCCUUAACUAAUACUUUGUAAUUACUUGUUUAGAUUGAAUGAUUUUGUAUGGGUUUGCACCAAUUUGAAUAUUAGAGGUAUCUUCAUGGUGAUUGUGCUUAGUUGUGCUUUCGAAAUCUUGUGUGCUUGCCUAACCUAGAUUAGAGAAAAACCACACCUUUUUAGGUAGGCUCGACAAGCUUGGUUUACCUAGGCACUUUGCGCCUAUGAUCUAGGUUAGAAAUGAGCAUCCCCCUUCAUUUAAUUUUGCAUCUAGGUUGGUUGUGAUUAAAUCGCUCAAACUCCGGUUUGAGGGAGAGCUCUAGGCAACCCCUAGAGAUUGAGUGAGAGGAUCGAUUCUGUGACAAAUCGAUCUCUAGUGAAUCCAUCCCGUGACAAAUGAAUCACUGGUUGCUCCUCUUAGCGUUUCCCCUAGACAUUGUGAGUGGAUCGAUCUUGUGACAAAUCGAUCGUUAGUGAAUUGAUUCCGUGGAAAAUUGAUCACUAGUUGCUCACCCUCGCGGUUCACAACAACCUACACCACACGACUCCAUUCAAUCCAACGAGUCAUGGUAGCUAGUUAGGGGGAAGCAAAUUCUGGGUGAAGCUCCCUUAGUUAGAAUUUUCCUUUAUUUACUCUUCGUUGCUUGUUUUGUUUGUAGUUCCAUUAGUUCUAAACCCAAAAGUUGCUUGCUAGAUUACAACCUAAGCGAUUGAAGUAGGGGUACAUGGAUCGGCCUGGGUUGAUAAUUAAAACUUACUUGCCCUAUGCUGCACCCCUCUAGAGUUUAAAAAAUUGGGCUCUAUAGGGGAUUUCUAGUGUGGUGUUUUGUGUGAGUCACCAACCAAUACUGGCAGUGGCUCCACCAAACGUACCAUACAGAAGUCCUGCACAUCACUUGGGACACCUUCUCUUCGGAACUCUGGGUGCGAUUCGACCAAGCUACCGGAACGAGCUUCGACGAAUCCCUCUUGCGAAUCAAACAGACCGGGCCUCUGAAGGAUUACCUCACUGAAUUUGAGCGUCUAGGCAAUCCAGUCCAUGGGUGGACUCAACAGGCACUUGUGAGUACCUUUAUGGGAGGGCCCAACUCGAUUAUUACCAACAAAAUUCGCAUAUUCAACCCCAAGACCUUGAAGGACGCCCAUCAAUCUCGCACGUGCACGAGAUGAGAAGCUCAGCCGCCAUAACAAUCCCCCAUGACCGAUGUUCCGAUCACCUAUGGACUAUACGAUGCCACCAUUUUUGAAACCCAGAUCCACUUUCGACACCAUUUUUGUUGUCCGCCCCAGACUCGUUACCGAGCAGACACAAGGGAUCCGCAAUCAAGCCCAACCGGCGAUUGGUGGCAAGCGACUACCAUACGAGGAAAUACACCAUCGAAGAGCCGCAAGCCUCUGUUUCAAUUGCAACAAGAAGUCUACACCAACUCAUCACUGUGCAAAACCUACGUUGAUGAUGCUGUUGGACGGGGAAGAAGGAGAGGAACCAUUCGAAUAAGUAGAAUCAGCAAGAGUCUCGCUCCAUGCCAUAACGGGCCUAACCGGAGGAUGAACAAUGCGGAUCUGGCCCCGAGUGGGCCGAUCCAAGUUGAUUGUGCUUAUUGAUAGUGGGUCAAUCCACAAUUUCAUCAGCUCCAAAUUCGUCGAAGCUUUAAAGCUCUCCGAGACUUCCAUCGCCGCUUUCAAUGUCAAAGUUGCCAGUGGAGCUCCACUAAAAUGCAGCAGCAAACAUAAGGGCAUCAUCCUCAACAUUCAAUGUAUCCAAUUUCCCGUCACUCUCUUUGCAAUCCCGAUCACUGGUUUUGACAUCAUCCUCGACGUUCAACGGGUAGAGAUUUUGGGCACAAUACAGAGCAAUUGGAAGACGAUGGAGAUAGAAUUCGAAUGGGAUGGUCUUCUCUGCAGGCUAUGUGGCAUCACCGAGUCGCCCAUCUCCAUCGAGGGUCUCACAAAGGGGGUUCGACCUUCGCACCAUCAUACUACCUCCCAGUUAGAAGAUCCUCUUCGACAUGUACCAGACGAUCUCCAAGACCUCUUGCGAGACUUCAGUGACCUGUUUGAGAAAUUAGGAUAGAUGCCUCCUCGCCGCUAAAUCGACCACUGCAUCAAUUUGAAAGAGGGAACAAAAGCAAUUAAUUUUAGGCCAUAUCGGUAUGCAUAUUUCCAGAAGGCAUAAAUUGAGGCACAUGUCAACAAAAUGCUCAUGCUAGGUCUGAUUCAGGCAAGUACGAGUCCCUAUUCCUCCCUAGUGCUGCUGGUAAAAAAAGAACGGAUCUUGG